UCUUUCGGUCUCUCAUGACUGAGAUGAAGGUCAAAACUCGUGAACGCAACGGCGUAGGAGCUCCUACGUGAGAAUCAGGACCAGGGACCUCAAUUAUUUUGCUUUGGAUUUCUAUUCCAUCCAAACUAAAGAAGCAACCCCUUGUUUGGUUCCUCCUAAAAGUGCGCCAAAAGAACAAAAGAACAAGCCUUUGUGUCUUAUUUUACAACUGGCCUCUGACCCUUCUCAGUUAACGAAACUACAAGUAAUUCCCAACAAUAUCGUCUUUUGAUUUUUUUUUUUUCAAUGGCCAUCUCGCCGGUCUCGUAGAUUGAGAUGAUUUGACUGCUGUUUGUUUGGUUGCUGGUUUUUGGUGUAAUUUGCAGAAGACAUAUGGUCUGUGGCAGUCAACUGACGAUGAUCUUGUAAUCCUGGGAAAAUGGGUCAGGAAUUUCAAUCCUUAUUUCAGUUGAAUACAAAGAGAUUUCUGUGGCUCAUCGUUGUUACAUUUGCAGUAAUAUUAGCGUUCCAAUAUAUUGAAAUUCCAUAUGGAAACUUUCUAUUCUCUCCAUUCUCUGCCAGUAAGAUUCCACCGUCAGGAAGUAGUAGCUUCCAGAUAGCAGAUCCACCAUCCAACACGUUUUCAGGAUCUAAUGAGUUCGACAAGAGUUCCAUUUUGGACAACGCUCAGAAAUUAGACGAUGGAUCUAUGACACAGCUGGGAGAAGAUAGUGGACAAAGCAGUUAUAACGAGAAUUGGGAUAUGAGUAAUUUGACAAGAAGUUCUUGGGAGAAAAACAUUACAUCAGUAUCAGAACAUAAAUCUGGAAGUUCAUAUAUUAAUUCUAGUGCUCCUUUUCCUGCAAUAGCACCAAUCUAUCAAACUCCUUUCAUAAGUCCUUCAACGGAAGUGAGCAAAAGUUUCAAAACACCAGCUCCAGAGUUACCAAAUUAUUCUGGCAUGCCUUCAGUUUCAAAGGACAACAUAACUACUACUUCAAAGAAUGAAAGUCUUUGGUCAUCCCAAAAUGAUGUCAAUACAAUGGAUAAGAAUUCUUCUAUCACUGUUGUGCCCCCAUUGUUGAAAGGCAACCUAACUAAUACCUUGAAGAAGGAAAAUCUCAAGCCAUCCCAAAAUGACGUGAAUAUAGAGGACAAAAAUUCUGGUGUGCCUCGUGACAAUAAAGGCUCUUCUAAGAAAAUACCUGAAGUAUUAUCAAUCUCUGAAAUGAACACAUUAUUGCUCCAGAGCCGUGCUUCCUAUCGUUCUAUGAGGCCCCGUUGGUCUUCUGCAGUUGAUCAAGAGCUAUUGCAGGCCAGAUCAGAGAUUGAAAAUGCACCAAUCAUAAAGAAUGAUCCCAGUCUCUAUUCUCCCAUUUAUCGAAACGUUUCCAUGUUCAAGAGAAGCUAUGAUAUAAUGGAAGAGAGACUUAAAGUGUAUAUAUACAGAGAAGGAGCAAGACCCAUAAUGCAUACGCCAUUUCUCAGGGGAAUAUAUGCUUCUGAAGGAUGGUUUAUGAAAAUGAUGGAAGCUAGUGACAGAUUUGUUACCAAGGACCCAAGGAAAGCCCACGUGUUUUACUUACCUUUCAGUUCUCGAAUGCUGGAAGAAACCUUAUAUGUACAGGACUCACAUAAUCACAAUAACUUGAAGCGGUAUCUGAAUAACUAUGUGGACAUGAUUGCCAGCAAACACCCUUUCUGGAACAGAACUGGAGGAGCCGAUCAUUUUCUUGUUGCCUGCCAUGAUUGGGCUCCCGGAGAGACAAAGGAGAAGAUGGCCAAGUGUAUAAGAGCUCUGUGCAAUGCUGAUGUGAAAGAAGGUUUUGUGUUUGGGAAGGAUGUGUCUCUUCCUGAAACAUACAUCCGAAAUUUUCAAAAUCCCACGAGAGGAAUGGGAGGAAAAGCAGCUUCCAGAAAGUCAACUCUGGCCUUUUUCGCUGGAAACAUGCACGGUUAUGUUAGGCCAAUUCUGUUGAAGUACUGGGAAAACAAAGAUCCUGACAUGAAAAUCUUUGGGAGAAUGCCCAAGUCCAAGGGUGACAGAAACUACAUUCAAUACAUGAAAAGCAGCAAGUACUGCAUCUGUGCCAAAGGUUAUGAAGUCAACAGUCCAAGAGUUGUGGAGGCCAUUCUAUAUGAAUGUGUGCCGGUGAUCAUAUCAGACAAUUUUGUGCCGCCCUUUUUUGAAGUUUUGAACUGGGAAUCCUUUGCAGUUUUUGUUAUGGAAAAGGAUAUUCCAAAUCUGAAGAAUAUACUCCUUUCCAUACCUGCAAAGAGAUAUCUUCAAAUGCAGAUGAGAGUCAAAAAGGUGCAGCAGCAUUUCCUCUGGCACCCCAAACCUGUCAAGUAUGAUAUAUUUCACAUGAUACUUCAUUCUAUUUGGUAUAACAGAGUCUCCACUGCAACAUCAAGGUCAGGAGCUAGAAAUGGAGUACGUUGAUGGUAGAAAUUUUUUUGGACUAGGUCAUGCACAGAUUGUGGAGGUUUGAUGCACAUAAAAGUUUGCUCUUUUUUUUUUUGUGGGGAAAAUUUCUGUCUUUUCACUCUGCUUUUUUUUUUUUUUUGCCAACCUUUUCGCUUUGCUGAUUAGCAGUACAGGCAAAAGUUCAGUUCUGUGCCAUUCUUUAGCCCAUGGCGUUUAUGAUACGAGUUGUGAAGUCUUGCAUUGCUUCCAAGAUUUGUGGAAUAACGAAUGUACAAAUGAUUCAAAAAUAUUGAUUAUGUUUCAAAUAAUGAAAAUUUAUGUUAUCAGUCUGUUAAC